CGGAUCAUCUGUCGCACGUCAUUACUGUCAAUUGAUAUCAAAAUGGCGUGUAUGUUAUUGGUUUUAUCAAAAUAUUCUUUUAAAUGUUUAUAAAAAAAAUAAUAAACAAUGGGUGCAAAUAUUUCUCAGUUGGAGCGGGAUAUAGGAUCUGAUCAAUUUCCUCCGAAUGAGCAUUAUUUCGGCCUAGUCAAUUUUGGAAACACAUGUUAUAGUAAUUCGGUAUUACAAGCACUCUAUUUCUGCAAACCUUUUCGAGACAAAGUGCUCGAAUAUAAAGCAAAGAAUAAAAGAACUAAAGAAACAUUAUUGACAUGUCUUGCUGAUCUUUUUUAUAGUAUAGCAACGCAAAAGAAAAAAGUUGGAUCUAUAGCACCAAAAAAAUUUAUUGCCAGAUUAAGAAAAGAAAAGGAGGAAUUUGAUAAUUAUAUGCAACAAGAUGCUCAUGAAUUUCUAAAUUUUUUAAUAAAUCAUAUUAAUGAAAUUAUAUUGGCAGAACGAUCACAAAGUACAUGCAAAUCUAAGAAUGGUAGUGGUGAUUCACCACAAGCAGAGCCAACAUGGGUGCAUGAAAUUUUCCAAGGAAUUCUUACUAGUGAAACUAGAUGCCUAAGUUGUGAAACUAUAAGUAGCAAAGACGAAAACUUUUUUGAUUUGCAAGUAGAUGUGGAUCAAAAUACUUCAAUUACGCAUUGUUUGAAGUGUUUUAGUAAUACUGAAACACUAUGCAAUGAGAACAAAUUUAAAUGUGAUUUUUGCAGCAGCUAUCAAGAGGCACAAAAACGAAUGAGAGUUAAAAAAUUACCUAUGAUAUUAGCUUUGCAUUUAAAGCGUUUUAAAUAUGUGGAGCAAUAUAAUAGACAUAUCAAAGUGUCUCAUCGCGUUGUAUUCCCUCUUGAGUUGAGGCUAUUUAUAACGUCUGAUGAUGCAGUUAAUCCUGAUAGAUUAUAUGACUUAGUAGCUGUUGUUAUUCAUUGUGGCUCUGGACCCAACAGAGGUCACUAUAUUAGCAUAGUCAAGAGUCAUGGAUUCUGGCUACUUUUUGAUGACGACAUGGUUGAUAAAAUUGAUGCUUCUACAAUUGAAGACUUCUAUGGUUUAACAUCAGAUAUUCAAAAAUCUUCAGAGACAGGGUAUAUAUUAUUUUAUCAAUCACGGGAUUGUGUAUAGUCCAAAAUAAGUUUUAGUACUUUUACUGAAUUAAAUUUUAAAAUUAUCUCUUAUAUCCAAUAUAAGAGUAUAACAAAAUGUUUCCA